AAUGCCUUGUAGAAGGAGAAAGGGAAGGAAGUCUUAAUUUUCAAAAAGCACCAGAAGCAAUUCUUCAGCUUAUAUAAUGCACGUGACCUACCUCUCGACCUCUUUUCAGCUAGGGAAGUUUCUUGCCGAUCACGAUCGCGUCCUCGAACUUCACUCCUUCACCCUUAUCAAACACUCCGCCACCCCAAUCGAUACUGAUACUCGUCAACCGCCGUCUCAUGGAAGGCGCUCGCAUACAAUCCACACCUACGAUGGUCACUCCAGUGGAUGCGGAUCGUGCACUUCGUUUGAGAGAGAACAAGCGGCGGAACAGGCAACGGCAGAAAGACUACACUGCUAAACUUGAGUCCAGACUUCGCCGUCUGGAGUCCGAGGGGAUCAAGGCAACCCAAGAAGUGCAAUCAGCGGCUAGGAAAGUUAUCGAGGAUAACUCGCGCCUCAAAGCACUGCUUCGUUUCAAAGGCGUCGACGAACAUACUAUCAGCACAUGGACGCCAGAAGGCGAAACCGCUGUAUCAGAUGUUUCAAUGCCAACAAGACAUGGGAGAUGCACAACGGAAACAACCCGCCACCUUUCGACGCAAGAAAGCUUGCCUUCGCCACUUGAUGAGGGCCAAUCGGAAGCUUUUGGGUUUGCUUCUACGUUCUCAAGUGCGGAGCCAAACAAUCAAACCCCAUGUUCCUUGAACGGCGAAAGAGCACCAUCGAGCGAGUGUUCUACCAAAUUGGCUCCCUGCAAACUCAUGAGUCGCCUGGCCGAGAAUCCGAGCACGGAUUUGACACAGAUAGAAAUUUCCGAUCUUCAAGUCGAGGAUAAUGAUCGUAGUGGAAUGGAGUGCUCUAAAGCAUAUAAGCUAUUGAUGCAAUUCGCCACAAAUGAAGAGAAAUUGGACACGAUUUCUCAAGCGUUGGAAAGUGGUUGCACAAAAGGUUCAAGGGGGGGUUGUAAAGUUCGGAAUGAAGCCAUCUUAAGUGCGAUUGAUGAAGUUAGUUAAGACGAAUUUAUAGGAACAAUAGGAACCAGGUAGUUUAUCUGUACUGAACGGUAUGAAUCGAGGUUAUUGGGGAUUGAGACCGUCACCGGGAAGAAGCUCGUUGUGGAAAAAUUGCAACCAAGUCCUUCG